GGCCCAUGGCUGACUGGAGUUGCCCCACCCACGCCGGCCUGGAUGCCAGGGGAGUGGAGCCAGGUGGGAACAGGGUUGGAGCCACUGGAUGCCUGCUACCUGAAGGCCCUGGAGGGUUUCGUCAUGGUGCUCACGGCCGAGGGAGACAUGGCUUACCUGUCGGAGAACGUCAGCAAACACCUGGGCCUCAGUCAGCUUGAGCUCAUGGGACACAGUAUCUUUGACUUCAUCCAUCCCUGUGACCAAGAGGAGCUUCAGGAUGCCCUGACCCCCCGGCACAGCCUGUCCAAAAGGAAGCCGGAGGCCCCCACGGAGCGGUGCUUCUCCUUGCGCAUGAAGAGCACCCUCACCAGCCGCGGGCGCACCCUCAACCUCAAGGCGGCCACCUGGAAGGUGCUACACUGCUCUGGACACCUGAGGGUCUACAGGCCCCCCGCACAGACGUCCUCAGCCGGGAGCCCCAAUUUCGAGCCCCCCCUGCAAUGCCUGGUGCUCAUCUGUGAAGCCAUCCCCCAUCCGGACAGCCUGGAGCCCCCGCUGGGCCGGGGGGCCUUCCUCAGCCGCCACAGCCUGGACAUGAAGUUCACCUACUGCGAUGAGAGGAUUGCUGACGUCGCUGGCUACAGCCCCGAUGAUCUGAUUGGCUGUUCUGCUUACGAGUACAUCCACGCGCUGGACUCUGAUGCCGUCGGCCAGAGCAUCCACACCUUGCUGAGCAAGGGACAGGCAGUAACCGGGCGGUAUCGCUUCCUGGCACGGAGUGGUGGCUACCUGUGGACCCAGACCCAGGCCACAGUGGUGUCAGGGGGCCGGGGCCCCCAGUCUGAGAGUAUCGUCUGCGUCCACUUCCUGAUCAGCCGGGUGGAAGAGACCGGAGUGGUGCUGUCCCUGGAGCAAACGGAGCCACGUUCUCGCAGACCCAUGCAGCGGGCCACCCCCUCUCAGAAGGACACCCCCAACCCUCGGGCCAGCCUUGACGUCUCCGGUCCCCGGAUCCUGGCCUUCCUACACCCCCCUGCCCUGAGCGAGGCCACCCUGGCCGCUGACCCCCGCCGCUUCUGUAGCCCUGAUCUCCGUCGCCUCCUGGCACCUAUCCUAGAUGGGACCUCGGGAGCUGCCACCCCCAGCGCACCCCCAGCCACACGGCGCCCCCCGAGCCCCCUUCCGGCUGAUCUCCCAGAUGAGCCACCUGUGGACAUGGAGAAUGCACACAAAGUCUUGGCCUCUGGGAGAGACCUUGAGGCAGUGGAGACAGAUCUAGCCAUAGGUCAGGACGGCGAUGCCCUGGAUUUGGAGAUGCUGGCCCCCUACAUCUCCAUGGAUGAUGACUUCCAGCUCAACUCCAGUGAGCACCUGCCCAGGCUCUACCACCGACCUCUGGGGGCUGCCCCCCGGCCUCGCGCUCGGAGCUUCCACGGCCUGUCUCCCCCAACUCCUGAGCCCUCCCUGCUGCCCCGCUGGGGGAGUGACCCCCGGCUGAGCUGCUCCAGUCCUUCCAGAAGGGACACCUCCGCCCCAUCCAUGGCUGGGGCUCGGAAGAGGACCCUGGCCCGGAGCUCAGAGGAUGAGGCCGAGGGGGCAGAGCUGCUGGGGGUGAGACCCCCUAAACGGUCCCCAAGCCUAAGACCCGAAAACUUCCUACUGCCUCCUCUCAGCCUGAAUUUCCUCCUGACAGGACCAGCCCCGGGGCGGCAGCAGGAUCCCAGCACCCACCUCCUGGAACUGAAUGAGCCCCUGGGCCUGGGCCGUUCACUGCUCUGUCUCUACCCGGAUGAGGACGCCACCCAGCCCAAAAGCCACUUCCAGCCGGUGACAAGCUUGACCCAGGCCCACUGAGCCAGCUCUUCUCAUCUCUCUUCUUCCCAGAAAGGACCUCACCCACACUCCAAGCUGGCAGCCAAGAACAGUGGCCCCUGCCCACCUCGGGCCUACCUCAGUCGUCGCCCCUGUCCCCUCCCCCAUCCGGGGGCUCUUUGGGGUGGUCUCAGCUCAGUGACCUCUGGGAGGGGGUCUCCGGCCCCUUCCUCCUCUGUCUCUCAGGACUUCCCUUGGGGUUCUUCAUACUGGUUACCUCAUUUCUUUCUCCAACUCUCUUGGCUUCAUUUUGGGUAAUUAAGGGUGGGAGGCUGGGGUUGGGAUCUGUGUUUCUAGGCCCUGGGGUGUAUUGAUAACCAUAAUCAAUCACAUUUCUUCCCAUCUAUCUUUCUUUAUUAUUGCUCCUAUUUUUGUUUUUCAUGCUGUUUUUAAUUGCUAUGAAUCGCCCGGGAGUCCAUAAGAAUGUGGGACUCUGAUCUUCACACCCCCACUCAGGUGUCAAUGGGGAGGGGAGCCUCUGGGCCAUACCUCCCCCCACUCAGCGACUUCUCAUUGAGCCCUUAGCCUCCCAAGCAGCCACCCAGCUCUGCCUACCCGGCUACCUCCUCCACCCUGGACUUCUGUUGCCCCUGCCUUGCCUGGACACUGACUUUAUUCUUGAAUCUCCUACUCCAGGUAUAGCCUCCAACUUCCUCUGCUUCCAGACAAUACAACCUCCAGCCUUCUCCAGUUCUAGACCACACAACUUCAGACUGUCUUUGGUUCCAGACUGCGCAACCUCAGACCUUUCUGGUUCUGGACUGCACAACCUCCAACGUGGUCUGGUGUAGACCUAGCAUCCUCCAAACCCCUCUGACUCUAGAUCUCAGUCUUCUGCUCUUUCCCAUUCUGGACUUCAUUACCUCCAACUCUGUUUUCAUACCCCAUGGCCUCCCAAGUUGUCUGAUUCUAGACCUCACACCCUCAAACUCCCUCUGGCUCUAGAGCAGUGGUUCUCAACCUUCCUAAUACCACGACCCUUUAAUACAGUUCCUCAUGUUGUGGUGA